AUGGUGGGCGAUAAAGGGGUGGGCAAACGAGUGCUGUUUGUCAUUGCUCAUCCUGAUGAUGAGUGCAUGUUUUUUGGUCCUACAAUCUUGAAUUUGAUCAAGAACAGUGAAGUGUACUUGUUGUGCCUUAGUAUCGGGAAUCACUAUAAAAAAGGGCAUCUGAGAAAAGAAGAACUUUACAAUAGCUGCAGAACAUUAGGAAUUCCCCAGUCAAACAUUAUGGUUAUGAACAAUUCAAAAUGCCUGAUAUCAGACGUAAUCUGGAAUGUAAAGAAGACUGCAAGAAUACUUCAAGACCACAUUGAGAGUUUCUCGAUUGAAGAGGUUUACACGUUUGACAUCAAAGGAGUCAGCGGACACCUUAACCAUCAUGUUUUCUACGCCUUCGCCCGAAUGUGCUUAUCCGAAGACAUCCCUUCUGGUGUCAAAGUUUAUGUACUAGUCGUCAACAUUCUGCGUAAGUACAGCCUUAUAUUGGACGCAGGUCUGAGCGCUCUUCCCAUCAUCAAUGAAAGACUGUAUAUUGUCCCUUUUAGUGGUAGUCGUGUUGUUAGAGAAGCUAUGCACAAACAUCAGUCUCAAAGUUGGUUCCGAGCUAUUUACAUCUAUCUCUCAAGGUAUAUGUACAUUAACACGUACAAAGAGUUGGAACUGGAAGAUGUGCAGCUUUUACUCCAGAUGACUGAAUACAACCCCAAGUUAUGACCAAAGAUGUGAAUGGUCCAAUUGUGUUCUGAUUACCUGCUCAAAUUCGUGUGGAUGCUGCUCUUUAGCACUUAAAGUUUGAAAUUAAAUAUAAAUCGAACCGAUUAGGUAGUGGAGAGAGAUUUAGGCUAUAGGCUAGUUUAUUUCUCAGCGAUCACCGUUAUAAAAGGUAACCUUAAGAUGAUUAAUUAUUUUUUCACCGAUAAGAGUUAGAAGGUUAGUUGUAAAGAAUGUGGAUACCGUACUUUUACAUUUUUUUAUAAUAAUGAGAUGAUAUCAAAAUUUCUGCAGUCAAUUUACCAUUAUUUUAUGAAUAGCCUAUUUUGUAAAUUAAAACUGUAAAAUUACAGUUUGUAAAUAAAUGCAUCUGACAAUUUACCAUUAUGUGUAAAUGAACUGGAUGCACAAGCAUUGACUAUAGAACACUAUUUAUAUAGUCAAUUUAAGGUGAUUUACAAAUUUAUUUUUGAGUUAGGACACUAAACAUAGCCCCAACAUUAAUAAUAUAGCGUAGAAUAUUUGUUAUUGCGGGUUAACAAAAGUGAAAGUUAAACUAUGAUUGGAUUUAAAAUUUAACUGCAAGCCAUCAAUUGUUUAGCUGAUUUAAAUACAUUCUAAAAAGCAAGUUCAUUUCUCUGUUCAAUUUAACUAUACUGUUUUGUUUAUUCAUUAGAGAGAAGAUAAGUUUGCUAACUUAGCAGAAUAAAUUGGAUUAUAUAAGUCACUAUUAUAAUGUUUAAAGUAUAAUACAGUUUCAAUUUAUGGUAAAUCCAUUAGGCUAAAUGGUAAUAGGCUAUUCAUUUAUAGGGAUUACCUAAACAUAUAUGAUAAGUGCCGUUCCUAUCAUCCAAUCCAUGGAGAGAAUUUGUUCAUUUUCCAUCGCCACAUUAUCUUACAAGGAAGCAGUGCCAUUUUAUAUUCAAUGAAUAAUUGUUAUAGUUACCAAUAGAAGCGAAUGUACAAAAGGUUUAGCUAGUUUUUUUGUUGCUUUUACAUCUACAUUAAGGUUUAUUGUUACCUAUGUUAUUUACCUUUGUUGCAACAUUAAGCUGAGACCUAUAUUGUUUCUGCUGAACUUUUUUGUUGAGCUGAUAGUUUGUUAUCUUUAGGUUAGGUAGGUUUAUUGAUUUCCCACCAGAGAUUAUGGUAACACAAAUUUUGCCAAACACGAAUCGAAUAUCAAUAUUUUGUUUUGCCUGAUAUGUCUAGUAAUUGCUUUGGGCACUGAAGAGAACUUUGAAAUACGUACUAAAAUAGUUGUAGAUAUUUUUCCUUAAAUAUGUCAGAAAUAUUCCUGAUGCUGAUCAAGAAGUUACAGUCGAACCUCUAUAAGACAAAUUUCAAGGGGUAGGGGAAAAAUCCUUAUCAUUAACGUAUUCUUAAUAAAGAGGUUCGUUUUAUCGAGGUUUAAUACCGUGGUUAUUUAUCUUAUUGAGGUUUUGGACACUGCACAGGCACAAGCCAAACAAUGACUGAGAAAGGAAGAGGGGAUGGGUGGUGGGGGUACUUGUUGAGGCAAGCUUCUGUUUGUUUUGAAAACUAAUACUAUGGAGGUAAGAUGAUGAGAAAUUAGUCUAUAAGAGGUCGCAUUUGUCUUUUAGAGGGUUGUGCUAAGAAUAUUUGUUAAAUAGAGGUAAUCAGAGGUUUUUUAGCAUUAACCUUAAUGAAGUUUCAAGGGGAUUAAAAAAAAUUGUCUUAUCGAGGAAUUUGUUUUACCGAGGUUUGACUUUAUUAGGUGCAAAAUAAAUAAAUUUGUCAGGUUUCAUAAAAAUGUCUAAAACUAAGCAAACUAUAGCAGUUUACUUAUUCCCCAUAAGAAAACAUGGGAUUUUAAUGUUCAGUUAUUUGGAAUUUCUCUGUAACCAUUAAGUGUGGAAUAACACUUCAUUAGCCUAUACCAAAUUAUUUGUGUUUUAACAUUUGACACAAUGUAUUAGGCUUACAUGCAUAACACUCUGUUCUCAAUACCUACCUCAUCUUGCUGGUUCGGGAACUCAUUAAAGUUGUAAGUCAUCUCUACAUAUUCAUGCCAAAUUUUACCUAAAUCUAACUAGGAUUGCUUGAGUCAUCGUGUUCACGGAAACACAUAUAGAUAGAUGUAUAAAUUUAUCAGAAUUUGAACAAAUUUUUUUUAGCUCUGGGGACAUAAAAUAAAAUCAGGCUGGGUCUAGGUUUUAACCAUGCCA